AUGGCCGAAAAAGGAUCCCUUGGUUCUGGAAGCGGAAGUCGAAGUCCUGACCCUGAGCGUCGCCAAUCUGAAGUUCAAACACCCUCGUCGCGAUGGGCAUCUCUAUUUGGUGGGGCAGGCGUCACUGUCGGUCCUCGUAUUGCUGAUCUCCCCGAAUUUGUGAGACGUGAUUUUUCCGACUCAGAAGAAUCCAGCUCUGCCAUUCUCGAUAAGCAAUUGGCUGCAGAGCAAGGAGAGGCAAUCCAAUACCGCACUUGCUCAUGGCAAAAGACCGCUGGGUUGCUCUUUAGCGAGUACAUUUGCCUUGCUAUCAUGAGUUUCCCUUGGUCGUAUAGUGUCCUCGGCUUGGUGCCCGGUAUCAUCCUCACGAUCGUCAUUGCUCUCAUUGUUCUGUACACCAGUCUCGUCCUCUGGGAAUUUUGCCUCCGCCACCCAGAGAUGCGCGAUGUCUGCGAUAUUGGCCAAAUGCUGUUUUGGGGUAAGAAGUGGGCUUGGUGGGCAACUGCUGUUUGCUUCAUCCUCAACAACACAUUUAUCCAGGGUCUCCAUGUCUUGAUCGGAGCCAAGUACCUCAACACCAUGACCGAAUCGGACGACAUUGGUGGCUGCCGAACCGUCAUGUUUUCAGCUAUUGUUGCCAUCAUCAGCUGGGUUUGCUCACUUCCUAGGACUUUCGAUAUGUUGGCCAAGCUUGGAACAGCCUCGGCCUUCUUCACCUUCAUUUCCGUGUUGCUUGCUGCCAUCUUUGCUGGUAUUCAAGACCACCCAUUCGGAUACGACCCGGCAAAGCUAGGCGAGCCUCUCGUGACCGCCAUCCCAGUCAAAGGAACGACCUUUGUCAACGGAAUGUCCGCCUUUCUCAACAUCAGCUAUACCUUCAUCGGCCAGAUCACCCUGCCAAGUUUCAUUGCUGAGAUGCGAGAUCCUCGUGACUUCCCCAAGGCUCUUUGGGCGUGCACAAUUGCCGAAAUCAUCGUUUUCAGUCUUGUUGGAGCCAUCGUAUACGACUAUACUGGCAACCAGUAUGUGACAGCACCGGCCUUUGGCUCGCUGGAAGAUCUGUACAAGAAGGUCUCGUUCUCGUUUAUGAUCCCGACCAUCAUCUUCCUCGGUUGUCUGUACGCUUCCGUUUCGGCUCGUUUCGUGUUCUUCCGCCUUUUCCGCAACUCGAAGCAUCUGAACAGCCACACUGUUGUUGGCUGGGGAUCUUGGAGCGGUAUUCUGCUCGUGACCUGGGUUUUUGCUUUCAUCAUUGCCAUGGUUAUCCCAUUCUUCAACUCCCUUCUUUCCGUGAUGUCAUCUCUGUUCGAUAGUUGGUUCGGCUUCAUCUUCUGGGGUGUUGCCUAUUUCAGAAUGCGUAAAGCUGAUCAGGCAGUUGGCCGACAUCACAACAAGAUUGCCGAUCUUGCUGGUAACAUCUUGAACUGGAUCUUGAUCGCGAUUGGUAUUGUGUUCCUGACAGUUGGCACGUAUGCCAGUGUGCAGGGCAUUAUCGAUCAGUAUGCGGCCGGCACAGUAUCUGGCGUCUUUUCUUGCCCAUCAAACGGUCUUUAA